CGAGUGCGUUGGAGAGAAGAAGGUUAUACUUUCAUAAGACGCCUGAAAGUAGUUUCGUUGGAAGUCAGAAACUUGGAGAUUAAAGAAUUCACAGAAAAGUUUACAAAAGUGCAUCUUGACUCGGGAAUCAGGAUGAGGAAAAGUCACGUGAAACUGAAGAAGGUAGCAAUUUUAUUAUUUGGCGUAGUUAUGACGUCAUCAUUCUUUGCUCAUUGGAUAACCAGAAAAAUCCACAUUCCGCAAUAUAUUCACGAUUCCAAGCAAGAGACGGGCGAUUUUCUGGUCGAAACCGAAGCUUGUCGUAUUCCCGACUUGGAUCCGUUUGAUUCGUCGAUAGAAGAACAUAUUCGAUUGGCCAAAGGUAUCCAGUGCUUUGCUAAACCCUCCAUUACGUUUCAAGAUGGCGAUAUGCUGCGAUUAAAUUGGACGACUAUUUAUCAGUCUUACAAAGGUGAUUUCUCGCAUUGCAAAUAUCAGGGUAUCAGGCGAGGAGAAAAAAUGUCAGACGAACAUUUCAUCUACACAGAUUUAAGCGAAGAGUUUCACGCAGAUGUUAAAAUGUCGGAAGAAUUUAUUCGUGUAUAUUGUUUCAGUACUUCCGGAGGAAAAAUUUACACAAAUUUUCAUGCGUUGAUAAUUCCCAAUCCUACGAGACUAGAAGAAUUGAAGAAACGUCUUAGACGACACGUCAACACACGGAAAUCGCGGGAAACCUUAAACGUUGUUAUGAUUGGUGUCGAUUCUGUUUCGAGAUUAAAUAAUGUUCGGAAUAUGCCUAAAACACGCGACUACCUAUUACGUCAUCUGGAUGCUAUAGAAUUACAAGGUUAUACCAAAGUCGCUGAUAAUACUUUUGUUAAUAUCGUUCCCAUGACAACCGGACAGUUUGUAGAGGAGUUGCCAUGGAAUGAAACAAAACGCAUGGAACCGUUUGACAAAUACAAUUUUAUUUGGAAGAACUUCGCUUCCAAUGGUUACAGUACAAUGUACGCCGAAGACGCCCCGAAAAUGGCCAUUUUUACCUAUCUAAAAAAAGGGUUUCAUAAUCCCCCUGCAGACUAUUACAACCGCCCCUUUUCAGUUGCCAUGGAAAAACAUCCUUCUGUGUGGAAUCACGGGCACCAGUGCGUUGGUGAUCGCUUAGAAACCGACAUUUUGUUAGACUAUUCACGCGAUUUCGCUAAAAUGAACAAAAAUCAUCCUUAUUUUGCUUUUGCAUUUAUAACGCGGCUAACCCAUGACGUCCUGUCAAACGCUGGAUUAGCAGACGAUGUUUAUUACAAAAGGUUAGGACAGUUUUAUAAAGAUGGCCUCUUCAAUAACAGUGUAGUAAUACUUUUUAGUGACCAUGGACAACGGUUUGGCAGUUUCAGAGAAUCGUAUAUUGGAAAACUUGAAGAACGACUUCCGAUGAUGUUUUUAAUUUUUCCAAAAUGGUUUUAUAAAAAAUAUCCCCAAAUAACAAAAAAUUUAAAAAUAAACCAAAAUCGAUUAACGACACCCUUUGAUAUUUACGAAACUUUAAAAGAUAUUUUAUAUUUUACUGGUGACGUCAAAGGUGACGUGGAUGUUAAACAAAGGGGGAUAAGUCUGUUUGAAGAAAUUCCGACAUCCAGAUCAUGUGAUCAUGCCGGUAUCUUACCUCAUUGGUGCGUGUGUAUGAUGCAGGAACAACUUCCGGUAGACCAUAGAUUUUCUAGACUCAGUGUAAAAUAUUUAAUUUCAGAAAUUAAUAGGCAAAUAUUCCAUUAUCGCGAUCUAUGUGCGCGGUUAGUUUUAGGGCACAUCAAAUCUGUACAUAUUUUAAAAAAUAAUGACCAGCUAUUGAGGUUCGAUCACAGUAGUAAUGACGUCAUCAACAGGACUGUUGUCUAUGGAAAAAGAACGAGCAUGGUUACCUUGUUUCAAGUGGCAGUGGUUCUUGUGCCAGGGGCUAGUGUGUUCGAGGCUACAAUAAAAUAUGAUGAAAUGACGCGCAUGUUUAGUCCAGCUGGUGAUGUAAGUAGGAUCAAUCGCUAUGGUAACCAAGGUGAUUGUAUAGACGAAUCUCAUCUUAGGAAAUAUUGCUUUUGUUUUGUAUAA